AUGACAACCGAGGAGCAGAGCAAAAAGAGAAAGGUGCAGGACGACGACAAGCCGCGCAAGAAGCAAAAGAAGCAGAAGAAGGUGCGGGAGGAUGAAGGCGACCUGGACGUGGAAGCGGGCCUGAACCGGGCUUUCGAGCGGAUGGACGGCCAGCUGGCCGCAGACUACAUCGCCCAGAAGACACGCCGCUUCGGGACAGAUCUAAGCCCGGUCGAGCUGUCGGAUCUGUACAUUUCGGCGAACCAUAUCAAGGACAGCACAUCGUGGGAGAAGCCGCGGUCGCUGGAGAACUUGGCCGAUUUUUUGGAGGCGUUCGCGGGGGAGUCAGAGAAGUUGGACCGCGCGCCCAAAAAGAAUGGAUCGCCACACACCCUCAUCGUGGCGGGCGCUGGAUUGAGGGCGGCCGAUCUUGUUAGGUAUGAACGAUUGUUGAAGUUGUCGAGACCCAGCUAG